AUGAGGGAUCUACGCGACGAUAGUGAUCCACUGCCACACUAUGGCGUCAUUGCUUCCGAUAACAAAGUUAUCAAGCAUGGGGAAACCAGAGAGCAACUUCCCCUGAGAACUAGCGCGCUAUGUUUCGAAAUAGAGGCAGCCGGUCUGAUGUUGGAUUUUCCAUGCAUUAUCAUUCGCGGCAUCUGCGAUUAUGCCGAUUCGCACAAGAAUAAGGCAUGGCAGGGCUAUGCAGCCUUGGUAGCAGCAGCCUACACGAAGGAAUUAUUGGAGUAUAUCCCUGUUAGGCAGGUAUCACAAGAGGGCUUGGCGGUAGAUAUGUGUAAGCACCACCGCGAAAAGCUCGCCUUUGUUCGGACUGAGAAGCAUAACCGCUGUCAUCAGACGUUCAAAACAUCGCCCUACGAGGAUAUUGAGUACACCUGUUGGCUGGAGAGUAGUGCGAACGAUCUGCUCUGGGUAACUGCCGACCCCGGCUGCGGUAAGUCUGUCCUUUCGCGAUCAUUAGUUGAGGAUUUCUUGAAGGACUCUACUUCAGACGUUACUGUCUGUUACUUUUUCUUCAAAGAUAGCGAUAAGCCAGAUCGACUUAACAAGGCGCUAUGCUCAGUACUGCAUUAG